AUGUCAAUGAAACUUCUGCCAAUUGGAACUGAAGGAACAGUUGAAAAGAUUAUUCAAUUGGGUCCCACGAAAUUCAUAGAAAUUUCACGACAUAUAUUGGAAAGAAUACCGGAUAGCAUUGAUAUCUCAGAUGUGUUGAAUACAGAUGAACGAGAAAGAUUACUCGCCGAAUUACAAAAUGAUUCUGCAUCAGAACUUGCUGUUUUCUUGACUAUAAGCGAAUUAUGGAAAAACAUUGCAUAUUGUCAGCCUAAAUUGCAGCCAUUGCUUGAGAGUCUUAAGGAAAUUGGAUUUGGUGAUGAAAUGAGAAAUGCAGUCGUAAAAAUCUGGUCAGAAAGCGGCUGGACAGUUUCAGACCGGUUACGUAAUAUUUCAUUUUCUGGACGUCCCAAUGUUAGAGAUGUGGGGUGGACGCUACGCAUGAAUGUCGCAAGUAGCAGUAAUCCAGUGAUGCGUACUGCAGAAGCAAUUCUACAGUUUGAUACGGACCGGGGCUCAAAAAUUGUCGAGCUGAGCAAAGGCAAACUUGUAGAACUUUAUAUGACAUUGCAAGAAGUGCAAAAAAGUUUGGAUGUUUUGCUUGAAAGGUAG